GAGGGCAGCACUGUGUAACAGCGUGACAAACGUCGAAAUCAUUUCCAAAGACGAAGAAAACCAACCGGGGUCUUUGCUAAUCGGCUAACUGGCGCUUCAUGAGCUUGUCGGUGGUGCUCGCCGCUUACAGCGAUGGACCUGCUGUGGGAGGAGUCUCCUGUCCCUGAUGGUCCUUUCUUCACUAAAGAGGUUUACGAUCAAUUUUCCCUCGCACCCACUACAAGAGAACUGUGGGCGUCUCUACAAAGCCCUGCACAGAAUGGCAGCACAAAACCAGAGUCUGCUACCAAAGAGUUGAAAGAUCGCAGCAGCGUCAGUAAAAAUGAGUUCUGGCGGGACACAAUGGACACGGACAUUUCCUUUACAGACAAUGCUAUAGAUGCGCCGCAGGGUAACAAGAAUGCUCGAAAAUCGUCUGUGCAGCUGAAACAGGUAAAGAAUGAGGCGGAGGGUGUUUUUCCUCAACCCAGACUGCCCUUCCCGCGCAUGUCCAACCUGUCCAUCAAAGAGCAGAGGGCGUAUCUUGACUGUUUGUGUAGCAAGAAACUCAGGGAUCCUCCCCAGGAACUCAAGGCCCGAGUAGACCACGAAGUGUUGCAGUUUCAGACGUACUUGCAAGAUGUGGCCAAUAUAUGUGCUGAUGACUACAAUUUCAUAUCACGGGGAGCCUUGCAAUAUGCAGAGGAUUAUUUGAGGGGUCGUUUGGAGUGUAUUCACACAUUACCUCAGCUGUAUCAGAUAUACGAGAUGACCAGUUUCUACGGUGGAACAUUCAACCCGGGACUGUCUCUCAUCUUUGAAAAACAGCUCGUUGUCAUGGGCAGUGUAGAUAUCACAGGCUCUGUGAUUGUGCCUGCUGAUGCACAGCUUGCAACGGAUUAUCAGAGUGUUUCAUCAGAAAAUCCUCCAUCCAAAAAAGCUAAGGACAUGCACGCUGCAAUUAGCAGUGACGAUAAUGUUGCGAAGCUGUGUGCACGCUACGAGCCGCACGUGUGUCUCAACCGAGAGGCCCUGGUCAGACUAUUGGACAACCACGGCCCUGACUUUGCUGAGAAAUGGGAGCUUCCUGUUUCUAUUAAAGAGAACGAUGGCAAAGGUAUUACUCAGAAGAAGACUGUUUUCAUAGAAUCACCCCUAAUGGACAAUGAAAUAACCGUGAGGGAAAAGAAUCUCAUCUACCAUGAGGAGAGUUUAAAGCAUGCCAUUAAAAAGAGUGGAAAAAGAAAUGCGUUCCACUUAAUAACGGAACUUUCUGUGGACGACCAGAAACCCUCACCGGAGAGCUACCAAAGAAGGGUGAUGUCUUUCAACAGUGACAGCGUCGACUUUGGGGUGGACCUCACUGACCUGGAGACUUUUGGAGAGGCACCAACCACAACACCCUCCAACACGCAGAAGAGAGAGAACAAGCAACUUUCAUGUCUUCAAAGUGCCAGCUCACCACUUUCAAAGAAGGCAAAACAGCUCAGCGCGCCUCUCGGCAAUAGUUCACAAGAGGAGAAGCUCGGCUCAUUGAAGCAGAUGACGCCGAUGCUUGUCAGGGAAACGAAUGAGGCAAAGACUACAAAGCCAGGAUACGAGUCUGAUAAAGAUCGUGAUCAAGACCUGGCAGAUGCGGAAGAAUCUGAGAAUGAGAGGCUGUAUAUUGAUGAUGCUGCAUCACCAUGUCAAGCCACGACCCCCACGAUGCAAUUUACGCCUGAACCCACAACAUGCCUCGCCUCUGACAAUCCACCACAGAGGCAAGUGUCGAAAAAAGCUAAGGCCCCAUCUGAUCAGCUGGGAGAAAUCUUGCGCAUGCAGACAGCCAUGUUCAGCACAGCCAACGACACAGCCGCCAAACACCCCGCCUCGUCCCUGGAGAUGGUCUCACCCACCCGAUGUGUCGAACCCCCGCGCCAGCCGCUAUCUCUUGUGAAACCCUGUGUGACCUCUUACUUGGAGAGUAACCGGCACCAGAGUGGAGAGGCCUCAGCUGCUCCUCCGCUGGUUCACACGAGCUCUCCACAGAAAAAAAUAUUGUCUGAGGAGCUAAAGGCCGGCACUGAGAAUGAACAAGACUACACGGCCCCAGACAGAGGCAACCUUCUCUACAAACUCUACAGUCUCCAAGAUAUGCUCAUCCUCGUGCGCAGCUCAGUCCCCGUAGCUCAAACCAGGAAAGUAGCUGCAAAUGCAAGCCAGUUUGUGCCAGUGCAUGUUUUCCCCAAGCUGGAUUACCAGCUGUGUCACGGGGUGGAGUGUCUGAGUAGCAGUGAAGCUUGCAAUCUGUGGACGGAGACAGCACUCCACUCCACUACAGUUUCCUUUAUAGCUCACAUCAAUCCGCACACUUCUAAAGUAGCACUGCUUAGAAGGCUGCCUGACUCGUGGAGAGACAACAUCUCCUGUGGGUUCAAGCCAGUGAAGUCACUAAAUAUUCUGCACCACCUUCUGAAAAAGCUGACUAAGAUGGAAGAAGGACAAUAUCUGAUCACACACAAACCAGGAGAGCCUUUUGUGACCCUGUUAAAAGCGACCGAUGGGAAAGCACCUCGAACGGUUUACGACUUGCACCAAGUCCACGUGGGUCUCCCCAAGCCCCCCGCCUCUGGCCGCGUGCCCUGGAUACCUGUGGAUCCCACGGUGGUUCUGCCCUUCCACAAGAAGCACGGCCGUGUGCCCUGCACCUUCCCCCCGCAGUCUGCGCUACAGCAGGCUACAGGACAUGCAAGUGUGGCAGGGCUGCCCAAGACGGGAGGGAAGAAGAAAAAGAAAAACAACCGCACAGCGAAACGGAAAAAAUAUAUUAAAAAACUCAUUCGGCAUUCUGUUUAAAAUCAAACUGCACAUUACCUGUGAGUUUUUGUAUGAUGAUCGAAACAUUUGUGUAAACUAGAGAUGUUUUUCUAAUGCAUUUAUUUUUGUAUAAUUUCUCAGCUGCAAUUUUAUCAAGAAUUGGAAGAACAAUAAAGCUAGAAGCAUUCAAAAGGAUGUGUGGUCACCUGAUUGGAUCACUACGUGAGCGUAAACGUUAUUGAAUAAAGAUUAGGAGCUCCCCCCUGUCAGGAUCAACUUUGCAGUGGCUGCUUGUUCAACUGGGUGGAGUCAGGAAUGGGUGAGAAGUGGAAG